CGCAUCGAACCACACAGCAGCGCCAAACACUUCGUACAGCUUCUCGGCUCCUCGUCCGGUGGAACAAGCGACCAUUGCUUGUUCGCCGGCUUUAUGAAUUGCAAAAGUAUAAUCCGAUACUCGUAUAAAUGCAUUACAAAAUUCCUCAGCACGAGAAAUGAAAUUUGUAAUGCGGAUUUACCUUAAGAAAAAGUAAAAGAUUUGUAAUGCAUGACUGUAAUCACGACGUCGAGUGCGAUACUUUUGCAGUUGAUAGGCUUUAUCUUCUGGCGCUGCUUCCUCCCCCUAUUUGAUGUCUUCGAGAACUUCCGUACUGGCCGCGACUCCGGAAUUGCACCCCAUGUCGUGGAGUGAAGAUGUAUUUUAUACACCUGGCGCAGAUCAUGAUACAGUAGAUGUUCACGGGGACU